AUUAUCUCCACAUAAAUCAGUGUGUGUAUCAGUGCCGUCUAACCAAUAAAAGAAUAAAAACAAAAAUAAUAAAUUCGUUAAUAAAAAAAAGUCAACCCUCGAACGAUGAAUGAAAGGUUAAAAAAUUACCAACUCAUUAAUUAUUACAACACUAAUUAAUAAAUCAAUUACUGUAAUUUAUUAAAUUAUCGUCAGUUCGAAUUAUAAAUGGGAUAAGAAAUAGUCAUAUAUUUAUAACAGUCAAAUAAUAGAAUGACGUGUUAUAUAUAUAUAUGUGAGCGAAAAUGUCUCGUCUCAGACAUUCUUGUCGUAGCCUCCAGCCAUACCUGAAAAGACAAUAAUAGAUUUGGCUGGAACCUACGGUCUGAUUAAAUAAAUAGGAUUGUCUCUACAUAUAUACACGCGUAUAUACUUAAUAUAUCUUUCUCUUUCUCUCUUAAACUUAAACUUAACUUUAACUCCUCCUUGAGUGAACUGACAUGACUAAGUAAAGACUCUAAUGUAAGAACUUAUAAAUUUUAGUAUCACACACAGUCACGUAUUAAAUCUCUUGCAUUAAACGUGUGUAGAAAACUUUAUUUUUUAAAUUCUAUUCACUUUUGUUUCAAUUUUUUAAAUACAAGUACGUAAAAAAUAAUGUUAUUAAUGGCCAAUUAACAGAGUUGAAAUUUUUUUUGGGUUAAGUAACCUUUCAUUCAGUAGUUUUGAGGUAGAUAAAAAAAAUAUAAAAUUUAUUGUGUGAAUAUUAGUAAUAAAAUAGAUAAAUUUUGAUAGAGGUUUUAAAAUAUUUAUGAUGGAAGGGCAACAGUUUUGUUUGAGAUGGCAUAAUUUUCAGAAUACGUUACUUAGUACGUUGCCUAAAUUAUUGGAUGGUGGUUACUUGACAGAUGUUACUUUAAGUGCUGGUGGCAGGCAUAUACGUGCACAUAAAAUUAUUUUGUCUGCUUGCAGUUAUUACUUCAAAGAAUUGUUUAAGGAUUUAAGUACUCUACAACAUCCUGUAAUAGUAUUACCAGGUAUGGAGUACUCAAAUUUAUGUGCAUUAGUAACAUUUAUGUAUAAUGGUGAAGUUAAUAUUUAUCAAGAACAAUUACCAGCACUUUUAGCAAUGGCUGAUACAUUACACAUACGCGGUCUUGCUGACAUUGCCGGGAAAAACUCUCAUCACGACAAUGGACUAUUUAUCCACCCCACUAUACCAAAUGAAGAUCCAGAAGUACCAAAUGACACGACAAUAAAAGAAGAAAAAAUAGAAUCUUCAAAUUUAGGAUCGUCAAUGAUAUCAAAUACUUCUAAUACCUCAAAUACCUCUAGCACAGCCAUACAAUCCGCAAACGAAAUACUCGAUUCAACAUCACAGUCACAGACAAAUGAUCCCGCUGAUGAUGAUUUACUUAAUGAUAAUCCGAACGAUAUACCAUGUAGUGUUAAAACGAAACCGUAUUAUUCAAUUAAUGCUAAAUUAGCUCAACGCGAACGCAAACAACAACAACAGCAGCAGCAGCAGCUUAUGAAUUAUCAAAAUGGGCCGCAUCUAAAAGACAAAAAUAAUUAUAAUAAUGACGACAUAAUGAUGAAUGAUGAACAAAAUAUAAUAAUAGAAGAUUUAAAAAAUAAUACAAUAAACGACACAAAUUUACGAUUCUUAACAAAUAGUGCAGUAUCGGCAGCGGCAGCCGCUGCUGUUGCUUCAGGAAGAAGUAAUCAAACGUGUAAUAAAACUAGUGUUACUUGUUUAAUUUGCGGUAAACAAUUGAGUAAUCAGUAUAACUUACGGGUACAUAUGGAAACGCAUAGUAAUAGCUCAUACAGUUGUACCGCUUGUUCACAUGUAUCGAGAUCGCGAGAUGCAUUGAGAAAACAUGUCUCAUAUAGACAUCCUGUUGCUACACCACAAAAACGUCCGCGUUAUAGCCUUAAUAAACCAGAGAAUUUUGUGUGAUUUUAUUUUAGAAUUUUUUCUCUUUGUUUAGCGAAUUUAUCUUAUUUUUGUUUCAUUAUAGUAUAAUUGUUUUAAGUUGUUAAUUGGAUCCCUAUCAAAAAAAUCCCUGUGGGAUUGCAUGGGAGCCCAUAGGAAUCCAUAUAGAAAAGUAUGGAUUUAUGUGAGAACCCAUAGGAAUUAAUAUAGGAGUGUAUGGAUUCGUACAAGAAUCCAUAUAGAAAACCAUGGGUUUCUGAAUUUCCAUAUGGGAAACCUACAUAAGAAUCUUGGUACCUGAAUUCCCAUAUGGGAAAUCUACAUAGGAAACUAGAUAAAUGGAUUCACACACAGGGAAUUCACACAGAAAACUGUGAGUACUUUAAUUACCUUAUGGGAAAUCCACAUAGGAAACUGGGUACCAGAAUUUCCAUAUGGGAAAUCUGCAUAAAAAUCUUGGUACUUGAAUUCCUAUGUGGGAAAUCCACAUAGGAAACCAGAUAAAUGGGUUCCCAUACAGGGAAUCCACACAGGAAACUAUGGGUACCUGGAUUCCCAUAUGGACAAUCUACAUAGGACACUGGGUAUCCGAAUUCCAAUUUGGAAAAUUCACAUAGGAAUCUUGGUACCUGAUUUCCCAUGUGGGAAAUCCACAUGGGAAUCUAGAGAAAUGGGUUCCCAUACAGGGAAUCCACACAGGAAACUAUGGGUACCUGGAUUCCCAUAUGGACAAUCCACAUAGGAAACUGGAUACAUGGAUUUCUUUGUGGAAAAUUCAUAUAGGAAUCUGGCUUCUACAUAAGUAUUUUCUACAGAAUCCAGGGUAUCUGGAUUUCUAUGUCUAUUGUCUAUUAAUACGCGUACAUGAAUAAAAGAACAGAUUAAUAUUCCUAUAGGAAACCAUAUGGGAAUCCAUCCAAAAACGCCAUGUCGAAUAUCCGACAUAGGGAUCUAGGCUGUAUUCCCAUAUGUAUUUUUUUGAUAGGGAUAUUUAAAACACCGCUAUAUAACAUCAGUUUUAUUAUGAUGCCAAAAUAAAUCCAAAAAUUAAUAUAUUCAAUUCCGAUUCGAGAUAUUAAAAUUUUACAUUCGAAAUGCGAUUUAGAAUUUUUUUCUUAGUCUAAAGAAAUAAGAAUAAAAGCAAAAAUACCAAUGAAUUUAAAAAAAAAAAAGUUGGUAAAUACUUUUUUUUUAGUAAAAAUAUUUAAUUAUUUAAAUAAUUAAUGGGAUAGUUUGAAUUAUUUUAGUGAUAAAAAACAUUUAGUUGUGUUGAUUACAAGUGCCUAUAAAAAAAUACAUUAAUAUAUAAGAUAUAUUAAUUUCAUACUUGAAAUAAAGUUUAACGAAGAAGUAGAAAAAGUAAAUCAAUUAAAGACAAUGAAAUAAAUUAAAUUAAAUAUUGAUAAGAUAUUUUUAUGUCCUUUAUUAAAAAGUAAUUUAUAAUCAUAUAAAUACUUAAAAAAAAAAGUCAAUUGUAUAUAGCUCAACGUGACCUGAGAUGACUGUUUGGAUAUCUAGUCCAUUAUGUUUUUUUGGGAGGGGGGAUUAAUUAAAAUAUGCCAUAUAAUUACCUAUAUAUAUAUAUAUAUUUAUAUAUAUAUAAACAAAUAAAAAAGACAAAAAAUUUUAAUAAUAAUAUUGCUGAUUUACAAACAAUUUAUUAAGAAUUCAAGUAGACAAAAAAAAUUUAUUUAAUUUAGAAAAUAAUUUUAAUUAUUUAUAAUUAUUACUGUGUUGUGUAGAUUUUUAUUGGACGUAGUUAAGCAAUAACGUAUCGACUUACAUAACCGCCAUUUUGAGAACACUGCGUUUAAAAAUUUCUAACGACUUGCAGUGAAAUUUCUCCCGAAAUUAUUUGAGCUUAAAUUGCGUGUAAGGUUAGAGACCCAGUACUCGAUCAAGGAACUAGUACCCGAUUACUCAUACAUUUGUAUGUCUAUAUUUAUUAAAAUUUACUAGUCGAAUUCCAAUAACUCGGACAGUUAGUCUACGGAGGAGCGGAAAUUUCUUGGAAAUUCCGACGUAUCGAAUGCCAAUUAGCGAGUGGGAGACAGCAUAAUUCGUAGUGGGGGUCAAGAUUCAGGGGAAGUUUUGAUUUAAUGGAGUUCGACUGUACAUGAAGUGAUCGGGUACUAGGAUUUAUACCUUACGUACUUUUAUUAAUCGAUAGUACAGUAUUCUCCCCCUAAGAUAUCAGACUCGGGGCUCUGGUUCCAAGAAAAAUAUCUUAGAAAGGUACCCCUUCCACUCUUAAAAGGUGGAGCUAUUAAAAAUAGAACCAUGCGCAGUCUUACUAUCUAUAAGUAUAUCUAUGUGUAUGUAAACAGCUGACUUAUAGUAGCAGCUCAAGUAAAUUCCACUGAGUAUAGUGGAAAACUGAAUUGAGGGGAAAUGGUAGUAAAAUAAGGGGAAAUGAUAUCUUACAGAGGGAUAUCUUAGGGGGGCAGCACUGUACUCAGUACUAUCAAGAGAGUAGUGAAUACAGUCUAGAUAGCAUACAAUACUUUCUGAAACUUUUUUUUUUACAGGAAGUACUCAGUACUACCCCAGAGAGUUGCCACUACCAUUUUGUUUUUCCGUGUAACAAGAAAACCCUAUUUAGUAUUUUUGGAAAAACUAAAGUUACUCGAGUUAAUGAUUAGCCCUCUGUGAUCUAGGAUUCAAACUCAAGUUACUCAACUCGAUUUUCCAAAAAGUUUUAUCCCAGAUAAUUAAUUUGCAACAGAUUAUUAGAUUUUAUGAUUGAAAAGAACUUUGAUUAUCUUAUUAAGGAACCAUUUAGUACAAAAAUUUAAGAAAUAAAUUUUUGUGGGUCGAAAAGUUAUUGCUUAUCUACGCCCAAUUAAUCAAUUAUAUUUUGAAUAAUUUUUUCUUGAGAUUUAAUUAAAAAAUAUUUAAAAAUUUAUAAAUAAUUAUGUUCAUUCUUGAACUUGAAAAAAUUUUUUUUAAGAGAAUCUCAAAAAAGUUAUUUUAUUGCGGGAUUAAAAAUAUUUAUAAAAAUUUGUUUAUAAGUAUUUAGUUGAAUGAUAAUAGAUAAAUAUAUACAAAUUGUUUAGAGAGUUGGAGAAAAGAAAAAAUGAUUGUUGUAUGUACUUUUGAAUAAGUACUUUGUUUAGUGUUCAAAUUGUUAUAGUAUCUUUUUUCUUGUUGUUAUAUAGUUUUAAUAAAGACAAGUUAUUAAAGUUCC